CCGGAUGUGAGUGGAGCGGCCAUUUCCUGUUUCUCUGCAGUUUUCCCCAGCUUUGGGUGGUGGCUGCUGCUGCGCUUCGCCUUCCCGUGCGCUGAGGGCCCGGCGGCGUGGACAGCGGUCCCGGCACUCGGCGCCCCGCCGCCCGCAGCCUCGCCCCGCGCUUCCCGAGCCCGCCGCUUCGCGCCUCAGCCACCGGCCGCCGCCGCUGCCGCCGCCGCCGCCGCGGCCCACCGAGCGGCCCAGAUGCAGGCCAUCAAGUGUGUGGUGGUGGGAGACGGAGCUGUUGGUAAAACCUGCCUGCUCAUCAGUUACACGACCAAUGCAUUUCCUGGAGAGUACAUCCCCACCGUCUUUGACAACUAUUCCGCCAAUGUUAUGGUAGAUGGGAAACCAGUGAACCUGGGCCUGUGGGACACAGCUGGACAAGAAGAUUAUGACAGACUGCGUCCCCUCUCCUACCCGCAGACAGAUGUGUUCUUAAUUUGCUUUUCGCUUGUGAGUCCUGCAUCAUUUGAAAAUGUCCGUGCAAAGUGGUAUCCUGAAGUGCGACACCACUGUCCCAAUACUCCUAUCAUCCUGGUGGGGACGAAGCUUGAUCUUAGGGAUGAUAAGGACACCAUUGAGAAGCUGAAGGAGAAGAAGCUGACUCCUAUCACCUACCCGCAGGGGUUAGCCAUGGCGAAAGAGAUCGGUGCUGUCAAAUACCUGGAGUGCUCAGCUCUCACACAGCGAGGACUCAAGACAGUGUUUGACGAAGCUAUCCGAGCGGUUCUCUGUCCCCCUCCUGUCAAGAAGAGGAAGAGAAAAUGCCUGCUGUUGUAAAUGUCGGAGCCCCUCGUUCUCAGUCCUGCCCUGGAACCUUUGUACGCUUUGCUCAAAAAUCAGCGGAGCCUUCGCAUUUGAUGCCAAGUUUUUGUUACAGAUUAAUUUUUCCAUAAAACCAUUUUGAACCAAUGAACCAGUCAAUAAUUUUAAGGUUCUGUUUUAAAUGUAAGAAUUCCAACUUACAGUCUAUUAAAAUUCAGCCCUAAAAUGACAAAGCCUUCUUAAAGCCUUAUUUUUAAAAUCCCCUAUUCUUGCUCAGAUUAAGAAUUGCCAAAAUACCUUCUGAACUAAGUUGCGUUGUGCUGAGAACACCUAAGCACUAAACUCUCUUGAGAGACUUCUGUUGCUAAGAAGACUGCAGCUUCUGGAGCCAGGGCGCAGACCCUUCCAUAGUUCCCAGACCGUGUGACACAGCACAGCCUCCUUAAUGACACGUUGCCAUGUAACUCACCUGUAACUUAUCAGCCCAUGUUCAUUACGUAACUUUGUACUGUACGUCACAGUGAUGAGUGUGACAGCUAAGCUCUUUGAUUUCAUAGUGAGUUUUCUAAAAGACCAGCCGACUAGCUUUUGCAGACUUUGAACAGAACUCUGGUUCGUGUGUUGCCUCUAAUGAAGUAUUCUGUUCCUAGUUGUGGGUGUGCUGGGUGGAGUGUGAAACACGACAUGAUCAAAGGAGACAGACAGUAUUUUGACUAAUAUGAAGUAGAGAUUACUUUACACUACAUUGUACAUGGAGUAAUUCAACUGAAUAAAAGUGUCACGGGUAAAGCUUUUUAACGGUUAAUUUCUGUCAAACAGUAGGUGACAAAUGGCCGAUCUUAUCAGUGUCUCUUGAGCAUCCCUUCGCGCCCCCCACCCUCCACUGCCGUCCCUCCCCAGAUGGGGCGUUGAGUCCAUAUUUAAACUGGCUACCCUCACAGUUCUAACUUAGCAAGUGCUUUUCUUUAGAACCCCUUCUUAACGAGCAAUAUGUCUGACCUGUACUAUAAGAUCUUUCUGAUAAUGCAUUCAGAGAUUUUUUUUUUUUUUGGUAGAUCAGUAGAAGUGCGUUCCUGUUCUCACCUUACUUUACUCAGAGCUACUUAGUGCUUCCUUAGUUUCCUAGCAACGAGGUGUGCAAAUCAUGUGUUGCAGCUUUACGGUUUUUAAACUAUUUUAGAUAUUCUUAAACUAUGAACCUUCUAAACAGAGUACCAACACUGUCAUGUGACUAAUGCUGCCUCUCUAGACCUCGCCUAUGUGGACAGACGCUUCCUGUCGUGGCUCUGCCUAGAGAUGUUCCUCGGGGUCUGUCUGUGAGGUUCUGUCAACUGCUAGUGCUAACGCUGUCCUGUACAACCUAACUCACUGGCAAGAAUGCAGUGUUGGGCCUUUCAACCACUAGAACAAACUUUUUUCAAUUGACAGUUGCAGAAUUGUGGAGUGUUUUUACAUUGAUCUUUUGCUAAUGCAGUUAGCAGUAUGUUUUGCAUGUAUGAAUUAAUAAAUCCUUGAAUCAUA